ACAUGUUUAGGAAACGAAAUGGAGAGGAAACGAAAUAGAUUAUUAUCAUACAUCAAAUGUCCCAAUACAGUGUGUGACUUGAUUGUGUCUAUUCAGUAAGAUUUAAUGCUACACAAAGUAACACUUUGAAAAUUCACCACAUGAAAGACCACCCGAUGUUUUGUACUCCUUAACCACAAACUUACUAUGGAUCAGCAAGGAGCGGAGUGUGACGUAUGCGGCGGCGGCCAUGAGACAGAGGUCUGCCCAGAGCUUGGACUGGAUGAUGCAGCAACAGAAACAAGCAACCAGACAAAAGCCCGUCUGACUGUGCCAAGCAACUUCUUGGUGCAGACUCACACCGAUGGCAGUAUCGGCAUCUACACCAGAGAGACACUGCCCACCAAAACUCAGUUUGGACCAUUUGAGGCCAGACGAACCACACACGAGAUAGGGAAUGAGGACUUGUUUGUACUCAAGAUCCUCUCGAAAGACAAAGAUGGCAGUGCCGUAUGCCUGGACGCAACAGAUGAGAACGAGUGUAACUGGAUGUGCCUGGUUCAGGUUGCCAGUACAGAGGAGGAACAGAACUGCAUGGCAUACCAGCUGGCAACCAACAUCUUCUUCAACACCACAAAGGCUGUGGAGGCAGGGAGUCCCCUCAAAGUGUGGUAUGCUUCCCACUACGCCAAGAAGAUGGGGAAGUCACCUCAGCCUGAUGGCAGCACCAAAUCAAUGCUAGGACAGAAGCUGAUAGUGCAAGAAGAAACAGUUUUGGCCACACCCACAUCUACCUCCCGCAGAAGUGUCAGGACGCGGGUCUUGCCAGCACGAUCCAAGUCACACGCGAAUGAGAAAGGGGAUAUAGGUCAAAAUGAUGCCAUCGAAAAUUUCUUUUCUGAAGUGAAGCAGUCACUGGAUGAGCGAGAGGAAGAAGAUGAUGGAGAAGCUCCUGGUACGGACUAUAUGGGUCUAUAUGGAUUUAAGUGUCAACGCUGUUCAAAGUCAUUUGAAGAUCAAAGCCAGCUGGCCUAUCACAUCCGAGAACAUAUCAUGCCCACAGUCGAAAAGAAAACAUUCAAGGGUGUGUAUACCUGUAAGAUUUGCAAGGUUGGCUUUCAAACCGUGAGUAACUACAAUCGACACAUGAAGCGACAUGUUGGCUACAAGGUUAAGUGCCCCCAGUGCAACUACUACACAUACAGGCCAGACAUCCUUCAGACUCAUCUCAUGGGCCAACAUGGAGUCACCCUGGAGAAUGCAAAGACUCUAGCAGCGUCAAGUGAACUGCCAGCCAAUGGAGAUGGUGAAGGUUCUCGAAACUCAUCGGGUAGGAAAGGUCGUCGGAGAAGGAGGAGAGGAAAGAAGAGGAAGGUUGAAAGUGAGGAAGAGAUAGAGGAGGAGGAAGAGGAGAUAGAAGAGGUUGGUGAACCAGAUGAGGAUAUGGAGGAAGAUGUUGUGGAAAGCCCGGUGAAGUCACCCAUGGCAGUGAGUCCUCGUGCAGUAAGUGUAUAUGAUUCUACAGGGUUCUCCCCUACCAGAGUUCAGCCAAGACGUUCUCUCAAAGGCAUCAGAACAACUGGAAACCUAAAGGGAAUCAAUCCAACUUCACUGUUUAAGAAAAGAAAGAAUGAUUCUGAGUCUGAAGAUGAAGAGAGUCCAGCUAAAAGUCCGGUGAAGACUCUCAUACCUGAAGUGAAGAAGAAGAGGGGGAGGCCAAGGAAACAUCCAGUGGUAGAACCAGUUGUUGAAACUGUAUCUCCCAUACGGAGAAGAGGCAGACCGAGGAAGGACACAGAAGAGGUUAAUCAAGGGGGAGGCGAAGCUAUGGAGGAGGAAGAGGAAGAAAAUGCAGAGCCUGGAGAAAUCAUGGUUAAUGAUGCUACUGAAUCUGGUGUAGAGGAAGAGAAGAGGGAAGAGGUUGCUGGUGAUGAGGACAAAAAUGAAAAUGUGCCCAAUGAAGCGAACUCAGCAAUUACAGCAGAAACAUCUGUGGUAAAGAGUGAAGCACCAGCAGCAGAAUCUGAAGCACCAACAGCAGAACCUGAAGCACCAACAGCAGAACCUGAAGCACCGACUGCAGAACCUGAAGCACCGACUGCAGAACCUGAAGCACCAGCAGCGGAACCUGAAGCACCAGUGGAAUCUGCAGCACCAGCAGAAUCUGAAGCAGUGACAGAAGAAGUAGAAACAGCUGCCCCAACUGGGGAGGAUGAGAUGGUUGAGGAGAACAAGGCUAACACUCCGGAUGAUGCUGAGGACAAGACAGAGGAGAAUCAGGAGGAGGAAAUUGACGAGGCUGAAGAAGAGAUAGUGAAGCCAAUACCGAAGAGAAGAGGUCGACCUCCUAAACAUGGCAGAGUCCGUAACACUGAAGAGAUGAAAGAGCUGGAAAAACAAAUCCGCCAAGUUGGUAAUGCGUUCCAGUGUGGUGUUUGUGAGAAGAAGUUCUCCCAGAAGAAGUAUGUUAUGUUACAUCUGCCCAAACAUACAACGAAAUUCAAGUGUGAUGGUUGUGAAAAACAGUUUGCCAGAUACGAAUCCUACCAAAACCACACCUGUGUGCAUCAUCCUGUAAGUGAUGAUAUCAUCACAACAGACAAGAAUGGAUGCUACUCCUGUGGAGAAUGUGGCAAAGUCUUCUCCAAACCGGAAUAUGUUAAACGCCAUUAUUCUGUUCAUUCUUCAUCUUGGGCUUGUGAAAAGUGUACUAAAAAGUUCUCACGUCGACAUCUACUGCUUGAUCAUGUGUGUCAGGCAGAGAACGGAGACGAAAUCGUUGACAAUCAUGAAUGUGAAAUCUGCAAACAGUGUUUCCGUAGUUUGAAGUAUUUGUAUCGUCACAUGGCCAUGCAUACAGAUAUCUUCAAAUGCCAGGGAUGUGACAAGACCUUUUCCAGAAAGGACUCACUACAGCGACAUGUUCUUCGAUGUCGACCUGACCUUGCUGAUCAAUAUAAAAUCUAUGACUGCAAAAACUGUAAGAAAACAUUCGCAACCAAGCUUGGCCUGGAAAACCACUAUCUCAACUGUGCCAACUAUAGCUGUGAGAAAUGUAGAGUGGCCUACUUUAAAAUCGAACACUUGGAAAAACAUGUUUGUGAAGGCACUGUUGUUCAUGAUGGCGCUAGCGUGCAGUUCCCCUGUCAGGAAUGUGGGAAGACCUUUGCAAGCAUCAACUAUCUCCGUCGCCAUGAAGAAAGUCAUAAAGGUGCCUUCUCCUGUUCAAGAUGUGAUAAAUCUUUCAGUCGGAAAGAAGAGCAGAGGCUACACGAACACUUAUGCUUCGCUCAACAUCAUCUUGAGACAAAUACAGAAGUGGAGUGUAGCAUUUGUCACACAGUUUUCACAGAAGCAAAAGCCUAUCGAGAUCAUCACCAUGAACACUCUCAUCCUUUUAAGUGUGAAAAAUGUGGGAAAAGAUUCAUCAAAAUCGGCACCUUGACGACACACACUUGUCAGGAAACUGUGGUUGAUGAAGAUAAUCCAUUCUCUUGUGACCUGUGCAUGAAAACCUUCCGUACUGAGAAAUAUCUCCAGAGGCAUCAAACCAUCCAUGAAAAGCCUCAGUUUGAGUGCGAGUAUUGCAAUAAGGUCUUCUACCGCAAGGAUUACCUGAAUAACCAUGUCUGUAAGCUGCCAGAUGGCACCACUGUGAGAAUCGUCAGGAAAAGGGAUAGGAUAUUCAUCAAAGAGAACCUGGUAUGCCAUCUCUGUGGGCGAACUUUUGUCAGCUCAAGUAAUCUGAACAAACACAUGAAAAUUCAUGGCGAGAAGCAGAACGAGUGUCCUCACUGUAAAAAGAAAUUUCAUUACCCAGCGUAUCUCCGAGAACACAUAAAAACAGUCCAUCAGCGUGCCUACCAGUUCCAGUGCGCUGACUGUGGCAAGAUCCUCCACUCGAAGACUGGCCUGGCAGCUCAUCUGAAACAGUUCCAUAGCAGACAGAUCCAGCUGUACCAGUGUGGGACGUGCCAGAAGACAUUCAGACAGAAGGGAAACCUCAAGACUCACAUGUACUCGCAUACAAAGGAGAAAACAUUCAUGUGUGACUACUGUCACAAGAUGUUCAAGUAUCCAGAUCAGCUGAAUCGUCAUCGUCUUGAACACACAAUGACGAACAAACUUAAUUGUGAAUUUUGUGACAAGAAAUUCUGUCGUCCAUACCAGCUCAAGAAGCAUAUACAGACAUUCCACAGUGGUGUUGUGUAUGUUUGUGAUAUUUGUAACGAGCGUUGUAGUCACAAGCACACUAUUGUCCGUCACUAUAAACGUAAGCAUCCUGAAAUCAGUAGUGUGUUUGACCAUCAACCCGAUUUUCUGACCCAGCUCCAGCAAGAACACGCAGACAAUGAAGGGCAAGUUGACAUCAAACCAAACAUAGCCAGUAUUGUCCAGGCAAUCGACCAUGUGGAGACAACAGUCGUGACAACCGAGGGGGCGGACGGGGAACAACAGUACACAGUGGCUGAGAUUCAGACUGACGGGGACGGGUAUCUGCCGCAGGUGGCAGCAGAGGCGUUACAGAAUCUGUCUAACACCAUCAUUGCUUCAGAAGGGGAGGGAGGGACACUGACCAUUCCCCACUCUAUAGAGGGGCCAGACGGUCAGCAGACAGUUGUGAUCUUACAGAUCGUCAACCCUGGAGAUGAUGAGACAUCCAUUCAGGAGAUACAGGAGAUUCAAGAGGUGCAGGAAAUCCAGGAGAUACAGUGAAGAUAGGACAUCCAUGUCACUGCUGCUACAGAUACACUACAGAUAGGACAUCCACACAAGAAGAUGCAGUGAAGCACACAUCACACACGUCAAGCUAUCAGGUGUUUAUGUACCAUUCGUGACUGUUGUGUCUAUGUAUGUUUUGAGGUGAUGUAACAUUUUGGCUGAAUAGAAUCCUUAUCCUUAAAGGGAGAAAGGCUCUAACCCAGUUGGCACUCCCAUCAAAAUGGAUUGAAGUCAUUCAAAACACAGUUUGUCUAUAUACUCUAAUUUUGCAGUUGAUUACCCUAAUUACAGAGGCCAUGUCACAUUUGACACUAGUCACUAAUUACAAGGUCUAGACCUAGACCAAACAAGGGCAUCCGAUCAUGGAGCAUAGUCCCCCUUUAAGACUUGGUGGUCUUGUACAAUGGAAUACUCCACAUAUACUGAACCAAAAAAAGGUUAGGGGUCAUGAACUGAUGAACAUUUUUUGGAUAUUUUUAUGAAGUUGUGUGCUCAUUCUUCACUCCAAAAAUAUCCCCCAAAAUAUUUGUGAUCCUUAAGCUUUUCUGUUCAGUAUAUAAUCUAUGGUGGCCAGAAGUCGUCAGUUGACAAGGAUUUGCUGGACAUGAGUGUUACAUAUUCAAAUAUACAGAAUUUCAAGGGUUGUCUUAUUCAGUUAGUUAUUUCCAGAUUCUGCCAUUUAGGUGAACAAUAAUGCUAAAUAAUGUUUGUACUUGGGGAUUAUAUUUGUUUAUUGUUUGUUUGCUUCUACUUGAUGGUGUUACACCCAGUGUUAGCAUUAUGCAGUUUGGAUAUGAAUUUAUUAUUUUUCAGUUAUCCCAUUUCGAUUAAAUGAAUGAGGAACUUGAAAAGUCAGGAUAUGAUACAAUAGCUGACUCACAUCAGGAUACAUAUUCAAGAAUGCUGUGACACAUGUAGCCAUGGUAACAAACAGUUAUUAAUAUCACACUGCAUAUCAUGGUUGACAUAAUCAGGUAUCACUCAUUCUAUCCUGAGUAUUGUGUGAUGUAGUUGAUGAACCAGCUAAGCAGUGACAUAUUGUCACAGCCUGUUAUCAAACAUUUACCAAGCUCUUAUGUCUCUUGAAGAUGGUAGAAACACACCAGAAAAAGGUAUCCCAUUGAAUCUGUUCCGAAUGUCAAGAUGCUUUGGUGUGAAAAGCAGAGGAAGGAGUUAUUUCUGUUUGUAAAUAACCUGCUUCAUCAUGUAUGCUGCUCGUAUAUCAUGUCUCAGUUCAAUAAUAGCUUUGCUUCAACAUUCUGUCACACGAUUUUAUGUCCUAUUUAAUGCAGCAUGUGGCUAUAAAAUUAAGAUUACUUUGUGACUUAGCAAACAUGGAAUUGUGGAUGAAAGGACCCGUGUCCAGAACAAAAUGAAAGGGACGCCUGCUCUAAAUAACUGAUAAGGUUAGGGGUGCCUGCUCUAUGUUACUGAUAAGGUUAGGGGAGACCUUCUCUCUUGAAAUGACAGGGUUAGGGGCCUCUGCACUAUUUACCCCAUAACUGAUAAGGUUAGGAACACCUACUCUUUAUUAUACUUUAAAUGACUGAUAGGUUAGGGGGCACCUGCUCGAUAUAACCAAAAAUGGUUUGGGCUACCAGUUCUAUACAAUAAUGAAGGUAAGGAGUACCUGUCUAUGCCAUGUUGAGAGAUAUGAUAGUACCACUAGAUGCAGAAUGCAGCAUUUAAACAAAAAUACUCUGCUGUUCUUUGUUACGUAGACAUCAAUGCAUACAUGGAUCCACAAUACUCAGGAUAACAACAAUGUCUCCCUAUAAAUACUAAUGAACAUGAUAAACAAUGCCUCUGAGCUGUAUGAAACACACAUUGUGAUCAGUGUAAAAGUGUUUUGUAUCUUAAAUCUUGAGUAGGUAACAUUGUGCCAAUCCAUUAUGAAUGUGGAUUUAAAGCAUGUGGAAGAGGUUUGUAAACAGUUUGGUAUUUAGAAAGGAUUAUUUUCUUAAGUUUUAUCAAAAAGAUUCAAUUUUUUACUGUUCAUAGUUUUAAUCUUUCGAAUGGUUGCAACUGUUGAAAUGUUAGUAUUAAGUACUUGUUGAGCAUGUUGAGAUGAAAUUGAUGAACGAUUGAUGGGACUUGAAAUUUAUCUCUUAUUUUGAGUUAUCUCCCUUUUGACAAAAUAGAAAGUUUGCUGAGAUGUUGCAUGUUUUUUUAUAUAUAUUUUGUCACUCAAUAAAUAACAGAUAUAUGGUUUAAAUAGGGCAGAACUAAUUUCCUUCAUUGUAGAACUUAUUUCACUGACUUGUAUGUGGUGUAAGAGGAAUGAUUAAAAACAUAAAUUUUCAUAAUUUGGCUACUUAGCACACACACACUGUAGCUAUUUUAUUAUAUUAGUCUCAGCCAUGAGACAAAAUUCCUGGCAAACAGAUGAAAUAAAUUUUCAUCCGUUCAUCCGUUCAUCCAUUCAUUCUUUCAUCCAUUCAUCUUUGUUACUCAUUUAGCAUGGUUUGUCAAGGUGCUUGAGAGAAACAUAUUCUUUCUGUAAAUGUACGUAACAUUAUCUUCCCUAUCUACACACUCAUAUACCAUACUCACUCACAUACAGGCAACAUGGCCAAACUCUUUCACUUGGUUCUUAAAUAUACUGGGGCAUUUUCGACUUCCGUAAUCUCAUUUAAACAAUACAUUAAAAUGGUAAACAUUGAAAACCUGGGCCCUGUUCCACAAGCAAUCUUAGCACUAAGAUAAUGGUAACUCCUAUACUUUGACAUGGUCUCACGACAGGUGUAGUGUGAAGAUUGCUUUGUGGCAACUUGGCCCUACUUCACUUUCCUGCUUUCCUUGCACAUCAUUGUGAUAUUAUGGAAACCCUCUUUAUUGUCGGCGUACAUGUAUCAUGUAACUGAAAUAUCUGCAGCAUUUUUGUCAAUGUCAACUCCCUGUUUUUUUUAUUCAGAGUGUAUGUACAUUGUUUUUAAUUUAUUCCAGAUAUAUAUCUGUUCUGCUUAGCUUAGUUUCACAAGUUUCUCUGUGCAUUCAUCACUUGGGUGAUUGAAAGCUUUAUAUUCCACUGAACAUGAAAUUAUUUAAUAAAACUUGAUUCUAUACUUUACGGUAUUUGACUAGUUUCAUUUUUUAUAACUUUGGGUAAGAAUUGGAAUUAUGUUUCAGCAUUUACAAUGACUUGGUUAAUGUCCCUAAAGAUGGUUGAAUAUAAGUUUUACUGAUAAUGGUCUCUGAGACUACUGUGUUUUGUAUUCUUUCUGUGAGAUUUACACCUAUUGUCUGCAUUGAUGUAUAUAUAUAAUCCUCAGUUGUUUGUUCCUGUUACUUUGUAUUUGGAUGCAUGAAAAUGAAGGAAGUCUCACUUAAACCAUUGCUGACCAA